AUGGACAAGGAGGUCGCUCAGCUCGUGGAAAUGGGUGCGAUAGCGGCACAAGCGCGCGCAGCGCUAAAGAAGUACAAGGACGUCAUGCGCGCAGCUGAGAAGAUAUUCGACGGCGAGUUUGAGGAUGUUAUGGACGACGAUGUACAAGAGCUGGGCAUCGUUGAGAGGCCUACGGGACGUCCAGAGCGAGUCCGAAUGAUUACUCCAGAUGAGGAUAACUCAGACGCAGAAGACGGCAGUGAUAUGGAUCCGGAUGAUGGAUAUGAAGAGGACGAAUACGUUGACUACGAUUCGGAUUACGGCGAUCCUCCGGUUGCUUCCUCUGCAUCUGCCGAUCCAUACGCGGGUAUUUUCUUCUCGAAGGACCGUAAGGAAGAAGUCAUAGAAGUGGAAGAGGAACCUGAAGUGGCAGUAGUUCCUGAUCAGCCCGAGCCGUUGAAACUCCUGACUCAAGGACAGUGGAUGAAAGGCUGUCCAGAGGGCAGCGAGCAGUCGUUCUUGUUCGGCAUAUAUUCUGGACUCAGCGAGGGUGUAUGCGCAUGCCCAGAGGCUUGCGGAUUUACAAUUCUCCGAAAGAAAGCGAAUUUCUUUGCUAUCUAUCCCGAUUUUUCUCAAUAUAUUGAUCACUUGAAGAAAAUCGUUCAACAAAAAUGCCCAAAGUGCUCUUCUACUUUUUGUUUUGCUUGUGGAGAGCGAAGCACUUCUGCAAAGGAUGCGAAUGGCAAAGCGACGGCCAACGAUGAUCCGUUGUUCCACUGCUCAAAUUUGCAGGGAGUGAUUCUCGGUGUCGGGCUCCUGAUGCUAGAACAGAUAUUCGCUGAACAGAUUGGAGACACAAGCUUUGCGGUAGUUCGGUCAGGAAACUCGAAGAAACGUAAGGUCACAACUCCCUCUACUCCGGCUCCUGACCCGGAUGAUGAGGAUGAUUCCUACUGUAUAUCUUCUACUAAAGGGAAGAAAUCAAAGGCUGGUGGCAUCGGUUACGCUGGUAGCAAUCGUGAAGACCAUUCCGGUCAGGCUCAGGCCUUGGCAGCUCAGAACAAGAAAGAUCAAAAAAUUGGGAACCUCCUGAAGAGUGUCCGAGAGUUCCUUCCGAACCAGCAUAGAGGGAAAACUAGUGACUUCCUUCCGCAUCCGACGACCCUUGCGCAUCUGCGCCGUAGAUUUAACUAUGUUAGCAGCACACUGCUUCGUAACGACUCCCUUUCCGAUAUGUCAGACCGAAACGUCCUCUAUUUUGAGUUAUUCGAAUGGCUUGAAACUAUCUCAAAUCAUGAAUCACUGGCGAGCAUGAUGGCUAUGCCAAUAAUGGUAGUAUCUUCGAUAAAGGCGGUAAACACAAAGAAGGUCGGUUCGCGAUCCCAGAUUCGUGAGCGAACGAUCAUCUAUGAAGGCUCAUCCGGCCCGCGCGAGCUCCUUGAAGCUAUUGUGAUUCAGGCAACCGCAGCACUGAAAGGACUUGAAGGUCCGAAGCUGUCUGAUCUCACCCCGGAGGAGAUGACCGAGGAGCAGAAGCGCAUGACCGGAGUAGAUGUCAACGGAAAGGGCAAAGAAAAGGCGCCGGCCUCUAAUGGAGCUGAUUCGGCUGCGCUGCUUGAGAACAAACGCUUGCUUGAAUUUUGCAACCGCAUUAUUGCUACUGCUGCUGCCAUCGACCGCAGCCUCCUUGACACGAAGGGAUACGAGUUCUUGCAGAGGCUGAAAGCCUCGCUGCCGAAGGUACCAACCUCAGAUAACGACAGCGCCAACGCAGCAGCUGUCCGACGAGAGCUGAAUCCUGGUAUGACUGAUGAAGAGUUACAAACCCUCUACGUAAAAUGGGCGACGCGUGUCCGCUUUGUAUAUUGCAACUUGACGUUGCCUGCGCCGGACGAUGCGAAAUUCGAUGCUGAUUAUUCGCCAUCGUUCAAGCAUGCCUUUAGCCAAGACGCUCGACUGCUCUCGAACGCGGACAUGCCGAAGAGGGCAGUAGCUAUAGCAAAAGAGCUCGCAGUUCUUACUACGAACCUGCCAGUUGCAUGGGAUUCGUCUGUAUUCGUUCGUGUAGACGAGGGACGGGUAGAUGUAAUUAAAGCCCUCAUUGUUGGUCCUGAGGGAACACCCUAUUUAUUCGAUAUUUUCUUGGGUUCGAGUUACAAUCAGACCCCUCCGAGCGUAAAAUACAUGACUACCAACGAUGGCAAAUACCGAUUCAACCCGAACCUGUAUAGCGACGGGAAGGUCUGUCUAUCCUUACUCGGCACCUGGUCAGGGCCCAGCUGGGUAUCUGGAAAGUCUACUUUGCUACAGGUCCUCAUAUCCAUCCAGUCGAUGAUCCUAUGUGAUGAGCCGUAUCUCAACGAGCCUGGUUGGGCGAGUCAGCAAGGAACACCACAAUCUAAAGCAUAUUCCGCCAACGUGAGACGGAUGGUCGUGCACACAGCCAUGCUCGGAAACCUUAAGAACCCUCCAGACCCAUUUGCGGACGUUAUUCGCACACAUUUCCGCCUGAAAGCGCGUUCAAUCACGGCUCAGCUUGAUGAAUGGCUUGCCGAAGAUGAUGCGAGACAAACGGCUCUCGACGGUGCUACAACCUUUUCAAAGCUGACGCAACAUGUCAACAACACCGCUAGCGGCAGCGGGAAUCAUUUUAAGCGUGAUGUCGAUGAAUUGAAAGCGUUGUUGGUCAAGUUGCAGACGGAGGGUGCACCGUCUUCUAGCUCUGCAUAG